AUGGCCGCCUUCAAGAGCUUUAAGUCGCUCGUCCAGCUGCAACACCAAGAAGGGACUUUAUUUAAAGUGGUCGGAGACUCUAGCAAGGUGCCCAAGUGGUUCCAUCCCGAGCAUCUGGAUGAUCCAGAAACAGUGUACGUGGAUGCUUGGCUCGUGGAAAAGAUGUUUGGUAAGGAUGGAGAGUACAUCCCGCAUGUGGAGUGUGUGACACGUACCGUGCUUCACGUGAACCAGUGGAACCCUGAAGAGGAAGCUGAGAUUUUGAUAUUCGGGCCUCCUGAUUACCAAAAGGACGUUUCCCAGAUGAUCUGGAACUUGGUUGACUAUUUCUGCAAGCAAGUAAUACAAGAGGAGGACUGUUCUCAAGAAACUGAGACCCAGUGUCUUCCUGUGGCCGUUCGGGAGGCUGCCACCCAGCCGGCUCCGGUUGAGAACACUGAGGCUGCCACCCACCUGGCUCCUGUGAAGGAAGCUGAUGCCACCCAGCUGGCUCCUGUGGAGGACACUGAUGCCGUCACCCAGCUGGGUCCUGUGGCGGUCCAUGAGGAGGCUAGUGAAGCUGUCACCAUUCACACUAUGGCCGCCCGGAAGAGCUUUAAGUCGUUCGUCCAGCUGCAACAGCAAGAAGGGAAUUCAUUUAAAGUGGUCGGAGACUCUAGCAAGCUGCCCGAGUGGUUCCAUCCCUAUCAGCUGGAUGAUCCAGAAACAGUGUACGUGGAUGCUUGGCUCGUGGAAAAGAUGUUUGGUAAGGAUGGAGAGUACAUCCCGCAUGUGGAGUGUGUGACACGUACCGUGCUUCACGUGAACCAGUGGAACCCUGAAGGAGAAGCUGAGAUUUUGAUAUUCGGGCCUCCUGAUUACCAAAAGGACGUUUCCCAGUUGAUCUGGAACUUGGCUGACUAUUUCUGCAAGCAAGUAAUACAAAAGGAGCACUGUUCUCAAGAGACUAAGACCCGGCGUCUUCCUGUGAGGGUUCGGGAGUCUGCCUCCCAGCUGCCUCCGUGGAGAUUGCUGAGGCCGCCACCCAACUGGCGGCUCCCCUGGAGGUCCCUGAGUCAGCACCCCCAGCCGUCUCCGGUGGAGAACGCUGAGGCUGCCACCCAGCUGGCUGCGGUUGAGGUCCGUGUUGCUGCCACCCAGCAGGCUUCCGUGGAGGUCCCUGAGGCUGCCCCCCAUCUGUCUCCCGUGGAGGAUGCCGAGGAUGCCCACCAGCUGUCUCCGGUGCAGGAUGCAGAGGCUGCCACCCAGGUGUCUCCGGUUGAGCACGCCGAGGCUGCCACCCAGCAGUCUCCCGUGGAGGACGCUGAGGCUGCCAUCCAGCUGGCUCUUGUGGGUGACGCUGAGGCUUUCACUGACAUGUCUCCUUUGGAAGACGCUGAGGCUUUCACCCAGCUGGCUCCGGUGGAGGUCGGUGAUGCCGCCACUCAGCUGGGUCCUGUGGCGGUCCAUGAGGAGGCUAGUGAAGGUGCCACCAUGCACACUGAAGUCCAUCAAGAUGUCACUAAGCCGUCUGCCAUUGAAGUCUGUGAGGCUGCCACCCCCCCUAGCAGCACUCUGUGGAGUUCUCUGUGGUGGUUCUUGCCAGGGGUGGGUGUGGGUGAGGGUCAGGGUUGUGGGGAUGUACCAAGAGAGAGUACCUAG